CCUCAUUGGUCCGAGAUCUUCACUGUAACUAUAACAAAAGCAGGUCUCUGUAAUUGAAUCCUUCAUGAGUUGUUAGUCCGACCUGUGGCGCUGCUACUUUAACGGGUUGGGCUCAAUUUUCCGGUGAGACAGUUUUCCCUCUUGAAAUUGUGUAUUAGACUGUAAAGCUGUUAAAGUUUUGAACUUGUGGGAAGUGGCCUCUCUUUUAUAUGCUGCCAUUUUAGCGUUCAGAGGAACCAGCAUAUUGGAGAGGCUUCAACUUGCUUGAUAGACACAAUUUGAUCCCAUCGAGGCAAUUUUACAUAUUGAAAUGGCUGCGUCGUCACUACUAUUUUCAUCCCAAGGGAUCAUGUCGUUUCACAAAACAACAACGUGCUAUAAAGACUUCACGAGCAGUUAUCUAGAUGUUGUCUGCAAACAAUCUGAUCACUCCAACUUUAUGUGCUCAACACGGUCAAGGUUGUUACCCAAUGAGACAUUAUCAAAACGUGAACAGGCUGCGAAAUUCUCACAGAAGAAUGACUUUUUGUGCCGUGCAUUGAAAGUUGAAAAUUCAUCUUCCUUUUCGACAGGGAAGAAGUUUCAACUUGAUGAUGUGAUUGAAGCUCAACAAUUUGAUAGAGAUAUUCUCAGUGCUAUUUUUGAAGUUGCACGUGGUAUGGAGAAGAUUGAGAAGAAUUCUCUGGGAAGCCAAAUUCUUAAGGGUUAUCUUAUGGCUACUCUCUUUUAUGAACCCUCCACUAGAACUAGACUUUCAUUCGAGUCUGCCAUGAAACGGUUGGGCGGGGAAGUUUUGACUACUGAAAAUGCAAGGGAGUUUUCUUCAGCAGCUAAAGGAGAAACUCUUGAAGAUUCUAUAAGAACUGUUGAAGGUUACUCGGAUAUAAUUGUAAUGCGUCACUUUGAGAGUGGUGCAGCAAAAAGAGCUGCAGCAACUGCUGCCAUUCCUAUAAUUAAUGCAGGAGAUGGUCCUGGACAACAUCCAACGCAGGCUCUUUUAGACGUCUACACUAUUGAAAGGGAGAUAGGAAAGCUAGAUGGAAUUAGAGUUGCGCUUGUUGGUGAUCUUGCUAACGGAAGGACUGUGCGCUCACUGGCAUACUUGCUUGCUAGGUAUAACGAUGUGAAGAUCUAUUUCGUAUCUCCUGAUGCGGUUAAAAUGAAGGAUGAUAUAAAAGAUUAUUUGACGUCAAAGGAAGUUGAAUGGGAAGAAAGUGCUGAUUUGAUGGAAGUUGCUUCCAAGUGUGAUGUUCUUUAUCAAACUCGCAUUCAGCGUGAACGGUUUGGAGAAAGAAUUGACCUCUAUGAAGAAGCUCGAGGCAAGUACAUUGUGGACCAUCAUGUGUUGGAUGUGAUGCAGAAGCAUGCUGUGGUCAUGCACCCGCUGCCUAGACUUGAUGAGAUUACUGUGGAUGUUGAUGGGGAUCCGAGAGCUGCCUAUUUCAGACAAGCAAAGAACGGCCUAUACAUUAGGAUGGCACUCUUGAAACUACUACUUGUGGGGUGGUGAAGAAGGCAUCUUUUCUAAAGGUUUUUUUUUUCCCUUAUCGAUUCUAAAGUUACGACACUAUUUCCUUGGUCAUUUUGGAGGCUUGGUUGCAAUAAUAUUGGUAGGGUUGUUGGCGAAAAAUGUCUUUUGAAAAGUUUCUGCUCUUUCUUUUUGAAAGGAGUUUCGACUCUUUCUUUAUUUCCUUGUGUGUGGACAAAUUUUGGCUACCAAAACUGCAGAAAAAGUUGUUGAGCUCAUAGACUAGGGGUUUCCUUUGACUAAUCUUUUGAAUGCUUUCGUGAAGAAACAGAUUUCAUGAGAGCAGUGGAAUAGUUACAUUGACUGGUUAGUAUAGUUUGCAACUUUAGAUUGUCCUUGCUCUGUUUAGCUGUUAGUAUUUGUGGCAGCAAUUCUGUAAUCAACGAUUUAUAUUUGUAUAUUUGGAGAAUUAAUCCCCAGUUUUCAGUUGGAUGCUGUACUUUU